UUUCCUUUGUUUGAAUAAAAAAUAAAAAAUAUCGAACUUAAUGACGUGUAAGCUGUUAUUAAAUGGCUAUGCAUUAUAAUCAAUAGCGUGCAGUUAUUAAAAGGACAACAACUACACGUAAAGCAGAUCGUUGUUGGUAACAACGCCUUCCAUUCUUGAUCCCACGAAUAAUUUUCUUACAUUAUAACAAGUUAGAUCCUAUCAGUACUUGAUAAAUAAAGAGGUUCAUACAAUGGAAGAAUUUGCUCUCUUGUUUGAACUAUUUUGCUUUACAUUUGCGAGUAAUUUAAAUUCUGAAUCGUUUACUUGUAGUAAUAUCGAUGCGAAACCUCCCAAAUGGACCAAAGAUUUUCUCAAUCAAUAUUUUCUAGGAAGAAACACAAUCAUGCUGUAUACUACAGAUUGUAACGACUAUAUGAUACAACUAGCUCCUCAAUUCUGGUCAACUGGUAUUUUUUCUUAUGUGCUGUCGUUAAAAGAAACCGAGAAGCAAUUCAGUUUCCUAAAAAAUACUUCUCACGAAAGUACGCAACCUCUUUUUAUAUUUAUUAGUUACUAUGACUUGCCGAUUCUGAAUUUGCUAAACUACGAAUUCGAUUCUAAAAUGUUGUGGUGGAUUAUCUUGGUGGAUACAAAUUUACACGAGAUGACCAUUCCUAGUUUAAUAGAAGACAACGACAUCGCGGUCUGUCAUCUGAUACUUGCAACAGAAAAGGUUCUCUCUAAUGGGACCAGAACGUGGAUUACCAGUGUGCCGACAUACCAGCAAAAUGAAUUUUGCGCUCAUAUCAUUAUAACAACUUCUGUAAAUGAUAAACCAGUUGGUGAUCUCUUUAACAGAUAUCUUGAUCGUCAAGAUAGAAUAUAUUUUAAAAAUAAAACAAUAUCGGUCGCAUAUUAUCAAUCAUUUCCGUUCUUCUUUGAAUUAAAAGAUAAUGUUUCUAAUACGUUAAAAUACGGAGGAGUUGAUUUCAAUAUAGUGGAAGAAUUAGCGAAAUAUUUCCAAUUCGAAUACAAUUUUGUGUACUCGGAGGAUGGUAUUUCGGGUGAUCCGAUAAAUGACACGUGGUCGGGAUCGUUGGGGAUGGUAUUACGAAAGGAAGUGGAUAUUGCAGUAACUCAUAUUAGCCUGAGCACUGAGAGAGAAGAAAUAGUAGAUUUUACAUUUCCAUAUUUUUACGAUGGCGUCAUUAUUAUGACUCGGUAUACAGGAGAGAAGAGCCGAGCUUCAGCUGUAAUCAGACCAUUUUCAAACGACAUAUGGGUGGCGAUAAUAAUAGCAUUUUUGCUUACAUCUCUCAUGGUUCCUCUGAUUGUAAAACUUUCUGACGACAACACAGAUUCUAAGUGGAGUUUUUGGCGUGCUUUAUGGUAUUUUUAUGGCUGUCUUUUGCAACAAGGAGGAACUAAAACUCCAUUUCAGCAUAGUUUAAGGAUUCUGUUUGCAAUUUGGUGGAUAUUCAGCGUCAUAAUAUGUUCUUCCUUUAGUGGAAUUGUAACGUCUUGUUUAUAUCAACCUAUUCCUAAUGAUCAAAUUGAAACUGUGAAUCAACUUUUGAAAAAAUUAGAAACGAGCGAAUAUAAAGUUGGAACUUUGAAUAGCAGCUCAAUCCUCAGAAAUAUUGGGAAAUCUAAGGAUGGACCUUUGUAUCAAAUUCGCAAAAAUAUCCAAAAGAAUAAACGAGAGCAGAUAUUACGAAAUAAAGACGACGUCACCAAAUGGGUCAAAUCGGGUUUUCACGCAUUUAUAUAUCCUUCUAGCAUACUGAAAAUUCAAAUUGCACAUCUAGAUGAUAAAAAUUAUGUUUUCAGCCAAGAUCAGAUUUAUUCGUUAGCUUACGCUGUAGCUCUUCGUAGAAAUUCUUCAAUGGACGAUAGAUUCAACAGAGUCAUAGAAAAAUUGUCUGAUAGCGGUCUUGUAGAAAAGUGGAUGGACGAUGUCGUUUUCAAGAAAAGGAUCUCAAUGCAACCUAUUAAUAACGCAACUUUAGAAGAAGGAUCUGAUGAAAACCCAAUCAUUUUAUCCGAUUUAGUCGGUGCAUUUGUGGUUUUGGGCAUUGGCUAUUUUUUAUCUUCUUUUGUAUUUUCAAUAGAAUUUACAAUAUACGAGUUACAGUUUUAACAAUGCUACUAUUGUGAUAUUCAAAUCCAAGAUGGAACAUGUAUAUUUAUUUUUGGCGGAAAAUAUUCAACGUAAAUUUCGAGAAUCAAUAAUAACGAAGAAGCAAGAAAUAACUUCAAUACUGAAGUUUUCAUUUUAGGCUAAAGAAAACAUCAUCAUAAAGGAAUAUCUUCUGAUUAACUAAACAGUUCUAAUACUGGUAUAACUGAUUAAUAUGAAUAAUGAAUUCAAAUUAUUCUUUGAUACAGUGAUGUAACUAAACAGCGCCAUACUACAGGAGGGUCCGAGUUAAAAUGUUCAAACCUACAUUUACCCUUGUAAUACUGUGGGUAAAACCACUAGCAGUGUGAAUAGAGUAACUCUUAGAUAUUGUAUAGGCCAGCGAUGGCAAACCUUUUACAAACAAAUAUUUCAUUUAAUGGUAAAUCUGUUGUCUAGUGUUUUUUAUUUCAUGAUAAUUUUUUAUCUCAGGCUCAUAAUUUAUGGCCUUUAAGACUUUUCUCAUCUUUAGAACCCUGCUUUCACACUAGUUAUGAAAAGUUUUGAAAUCUAUCAUAUAUAUAUAUAUAUAUAUAUAUGCAUUACCCCGCAGGUAACUGAUUCGCCAUCGUUAAUAUGAUCUAUAUAUGUGUAUAGGCUAAUUGCAUUUAUAACUUUCAGAUAUUUUUCUUGUACAGUACUUAUUUUGAUUUUUAAAAUUUACUUGUUUACAAACGUAAAGAGGCCCUUCCCCCGUUACACUACUGCUUUGAUAAAUCAAAUUCAUUUAGCGCUGGAUCAGUCAUGAGUACAUCUGAAUACAAUCAUGAAUUUUUGCAAUACUCAUGAUAUUA